AUGCCACCCUCAGGACUCGCGAUACUCAUUGGCGCUGGCCCAACAUCAGGGGCUGGUAUCGCCCGCGUCUUAGCUAGCCCAGCACACGGGAACCUCGCUGUGGCCCUGUUAGCACGGAACAAGGAUAACCUCACCAGCUUGUGCGAGUCGCUGCGCCAGACCUCGGGGGGUGGCCUUCUGCAUGCAUUCCCAUGCGACACCAAGCCCUCGAACCUGCAGCAGACGUUCGCGGACAUCGGUGCACACCCAGACUUCGCGGGCUUGAAGCUACGCGUGGCCGUAUUUCACGUUAAACACUCACUCAAGAAGCCGUACCUGCAGACGGCACCGGACGAGUUCGAGCGCAACGUGGCUGAGUACACAACGGGGGCCUUCGCAUUCGGGCAGGAGAGCCUGAAAAUGAUGUAUGCGCAGAACGGCGGCGAGACCACGCUGUCACAGGACCCGGCCAAGAAGGGCACCAUCAUCUUCACGGGCACGCUGGGCGCGUUGCGCACCAACGCCGAGUUCAACGCGUACGGUGCAGGCCGCAGCGCCGUGCGCAUGAUCGCCCAGGGCCUCGGCAAAGAGCACUCGGCCAAGGGAGUCCACGUCGUCCACACCAUCGCCAACGGUGGCAUCAAGGACGAGACCGGGGAGAACAACAAGAACAUCAGCACGGGCAAGAUGAUGAGCGCCGAGAGCGUGGGGAAAGUAUAUCUCUGGUUGGCUAAUCUGGAACCCGACCUGUGGGUUGAUGAACUUGACUUGAGACCGGCACAGGAGAAAUGGUGA